AUGGCACAACCAAAGCUGCCCGAAGGCGUCUUCUCCUUCCUCGACACUGACCUUUACAAGCUGACGAUGCAAUGUGCGAUCCUGAAGUACUUCCCUUCGGUCGAUGUUGAAUAUAAGUUCACCAAUCGCACGCCGCAGAUGCGAUUGAACCAAGAGGCCGUCGCCUGGCUGAGAGAACAGAUUGCCAAGUUGGGGAACAUUACACUGGAACAGCAAGAGUUGCAAUAUCUCAGAAAACACUGUCCCUUCUUGUCCUCCGAUUACUUGGACUAUCUCCAGAAGUUUCGACUCCGACCCGCCGAGCAAGUGCAUCUCGACUUCAAGCCGGUCGACGGAGCGUACGGAGACCUCCACAUUACUGUCACUGGUCAAUGGGUCGAGACAACCCUGUACGAAAUCCCCCUCCUUGCCUUGACCAGCGAAGCAUACUUCAGGUUCAUUGACAGGGACUGGGAUCACACCGGACAAGAGGAGCGGGCAUACGGGAAGGGAGUGCAGUUGUUCGGCGCAGGCUGCGUCGUUUCGGAGUUCGGCUCUCGAAGAAGACGCGACUUCCACACCCAAGACCUCGUGAUUAAAGGUCUAGUAAGAGCUUCACAUGAAAAGGACCUGCCUGGGAAGCUGUCGGGCACGAGCAAUGUGUACUUUGCGAUGAAGUAUAGCAUACCUCCUAUUGGGACAGUGGCCCACGAAUGGUACAUGGGGAUCGCCGCCCUGACCAAUGACUACGAACAUGCUAAUGAAAAUGGCCUCCGGUAUUGGCUUGACUGCUUCGGCAAGGGGGUUCUAGGCAUUGCACUUACAGAUACGUUCGGCACGCCCGACUUCUUCAAGGCGUUCAAGAAACGGACGCCGGCCCGGACGUCGGCCUCGCGGGACGAAUCGACCGGUUAUACUGACGAAAGCCAUCCGACAACGGAUCAGCCUUACUAUGCUGAAGUGUUUGCAGGCGUCAGACAAGACUCUGGGGAUCCCAAAGAAUAUAUCAAAGCCGCUGAUAAAUUCUACAAUUCUAUAGGAGUUGGCGGUAAGAGUAUUGUGUUCUCAGACUCACUCAAUGUGGAAAAAUGCAUCGAGUACCGGGAACUGGCAGAAGCCCUCGGGUUCAAGCCUUCUUUCGGGGUUGGCACAUUCUUCACCAACGACUUUAGACGCAAGUCGGACCCCGAAACCAAAUCCAAACCAUUGAACAUCGUCAUCAAAUUGUCCAAGGCGGGUGGCAGACCAGCAAUCAAGUUGUCCGACGAUAUUGGCAAGAACAUGGGUGACGAGGAGACGGUCCUAGAUGUCAAACGUCGUCUUGGUUACACGGAUAAGGAAUGGGUGGGAGGUGAUGAAUCAAAGAGGUGGUGA